AUGCGUAAACUUCUAGAGAAGUUAGGAUCUCACUCCCAAUUCAGUACAGGGUUGAAGACCUCUAUUCAAACUGCAUUGUAUGAUUCACAGACUUGCACGGAAUUUGAGGAGAUGUGGGGUGGACUUCUUGAUAAGUAUGAUCUCAGAGGCAAUAGUUGGCUCCAGUCCUUGUACGAGGAAAGGACCUUUUGGGUUCCGGUUUAUUUGAAGGAUGUCUUUUGGGCUGGUAUGAGCACGACACAACGGUCAGAAAGCAUGAAUGCUUUUUUCGACGGGUAUGUCCACUCCGGUACAACCUUGAAGGAAUUCGUGGACCAAUUUGAUAAUGCACUAAGAAAGAAGGUGGAGGUUGAGACAACGGCUGAUUUUAACUCUAUCAACCAAAUGAGCCCUUGCGUUUGCCCUUUCAACUUUGAGAAGCAGUUUCAAAAGGUCUACACAAAUGCAAAGUUUAAAGAGUUCCAAAAGGAGUUGAUAGGCCUAAUGUGUUGUAAUUGCACACUGGUAACCAAGCAAGGAUGCAUUUCAACUUUCGAUAUCUUCGAUGAAAUAUCGAUUGAUGAAUGCACCAAGAUAGUCCACUACACAGUUUACUAUAACGAAGAUGAGUGUGAGUUAAAAUGCACUUGUGCAUUGUUUGAGAUGAGGGGAAUUCUAUGUAGGCAUGCACUAAAAGUUUUUCAGCUGAAUAGGAUUAAUGUGCUGCCAGAUAGAUAUGUCUUGGAUCGCUGGAGAAAGGACGAGAAGAGGUACACAUUGAUUAAAAGUAGUUAUGAUGAUUUGCGGGCCAGUGGAGAUGCACAGAGAUAUGAGAUGGUGGUUAAAAGAUGCAUGAAAUUGGCAACAAAAAUAUCCCCAAGUGAUGAGCGUGUCAAUGCAUUCAUGCGAUAUGUCAAUGACUUUGACUCAAAAUGUGAUGAUGUAACAUUUAGGUCGAAGGUCGAAUCAACCAAGGUCGGACCGAACGUUGAGGCAGAUAAGGGUAAGAAGAUAUUAAGCCCCCACGUGGUCCGAGGGAAAGGGAGACCACCAAGUAAGAGAAAGGUUCCGCCCGUAGAGAAGAUGGCAAGAAAGAGAAAGGCUUGCAGAAAAAUAUUCGAUGAUGAAACACAAUUGGGUGACACCCCGGGAUCUCAACACCACCAAUUUGAUGAUGGGGUUGGUGUUGGGACACAAAACAGCAUUGUCACACAAUCAAUGCCAUCGGGAAAUCAGGAGAGACGCACUGGAGAUGCUGCUGAUGGCUGUGCUAUGUUUUGGAAAGCUGAUAAGUAA